AUGACGCCCAACACGUGUCUUUCAUCAGAUAGCCACCCUCCGGAGUCGAUCUGCUUCCCUAGCAAGCCUCAAACAGGAAAUCCAUCUCCUCAACCGCUCACCACUCGACCUCCUCCCACUCACCAGUCCGACUUCGUCCUCCCUGCCGGUCUUAUCGCUCCCCAGCUUCCGCCGCCGGGACUUCUUCCACCCGGACUUGACGAAAGACUACGUGUCCAAAACAGCAAUCACCUCGACGUGGAAGAUGGAAUCAUAUUGAGCAACCUUCUCUAUGUUCCUCAGAUGGACUACACGGAUUUCUUCACAUACACCAUCACUCAGCGGGCUAUUCGCGAGCUCAUCGACAAGGAGCCCAUCUUUAUUCAGUUCAACGAGCUCGGAAGGUACGCCAUAAGAUGGGGCAUCGAGCUUCGCCUGGCAGCUCUCGUGGAAUGGGCCAAGCUGCGCAAGUUACUAGUUAGGCUUCUCCACGAGGAGUGGGAAAGCGCGGUUGAUCCUUUGCAGUACCGACUGGGUAUGUAUCUCUGGCACUUUAACAGAGAGAUCGACUUGAUCAUGACGACGCUUAGGGACGAGGCGAAACUCCUUAGCGAUAAUGAAAAGGUCUACUUUCGCUAUAUUUGGCGGGAGAUGGAUCACUGGUGGAUGAUAAGAGCGAAAGUGGGAACGGACUUUGAGUUGUUGAACUUGUAUGAUCCUACGUUUUCUCAUCGUCUUCAGUGCAAGUUGGAUAUUAUCGCCAAUGAGUUGCAGGCGUAUGAUAGGCUGGAAAGCGAGGAAACGGCAAAUGGGUAA